CAGGCUUGUGGUGGGCCGUUUGUCUGUGUGAAGCUGGCAUGGCCUCCCGUUCCCCCCUGCAUCUGUUCUUCAUUAGCGGAGCCGAGCGUAUAAAGCAGGGCGCGGACCGGCGCAGGGAGCAGUCUGCGUCGGCGCCUGGAUCAUGGGGUUUGCUGUGUGGCUGUGCGCGCUGUGCCUGCACGCGAGCCUGCUGCCGCACGCCCUCGGCUGCUCGGGAGUGACGCAGGGGGAGCCGUGUGUCAGCGGGGCGACCGCAGACGGACAGUACGACGACCAGAAGCAGCAGAUGGCGCCACCCUUAACUGAAGGACGGGUCCUGUUCAGACGCAGGCGGCAGCUGGAUCGCAGGGGUCCCGCCCACCCGGGCCACGCCAACGUGCCCGGGGCCGUGUCCGUCAAAGGCUUCCCCAACGCUCUGAUCCAGGCUGACAGGUCCAGGCGUCAAGCUGCAAAUAGGAAACGGAACGUGAUCCGGAACAUACCUCGCGUCGGCUCCUACUCUCUCCUUAACCAUGACAAGAAAUCCAACCCCCUACAGGUAACCAGAGCGAAAAGACAGGUGAAGGCAAUGCCCCCCAAGAGGGACAGCUCGAGUCGCUCCGGCGCCUUCUCCGUCCUGGGAGACCCACUGAACGACGGAAGAACGGACCCCAAAAAAGCCUAUUGAAGACGUGUGCUAUGGAACUUAGAUGCUCCUUCUCUUUGUAGAACAGGUAGUGUGCAGAGUGAGAUGUGUCCACAUUUUACUUACAAACAUGGAACAUGGAAACAAACUUAGGUUUGGUGUAAAAAUUUGCUUUAUAGUUCACACGGGUGUCCAGCAUUAAUAAGACAGCUUAUCAGCCAGUAUGCACUUAUGGAUACGUUUAUAUACUAUUUUAAGUUUAUAAUAUAUUCCUGCAUGUUAUUACACCACAAAUGAUCUCCUAUUAAUAUUGUAUUUUGCCACUUUGAUGUAACCUAUUUAAUCAGAUUCCUUCUGAGAACUGGGGGUAUAUUUUUGCAGAAAUAUUUCUGGUGUUAUUGUUUCAGAUUUCAAUAAAAAAGUUACUACAGA